CGGCGGGGACGAAGGCUGGGGCUUGCCGCCUGGGCGAUGCUGCUCUGGCGGCUGUGACAGCACAGAGGACAGGUCACAAUGGGAGCCGUCCCCAGGGACAUCACCACGCAGCCCCACCUCUGUUUGACUUGGGCGAUCGGCCAUGGUUGCGGCAGUCGCCCUCGUCCUGGCUGUGCUGGCCAUCCAGCACGGGCUGAAGCCCGAUGCCCAGACAGAUGUGGCCACGGCCCAGCGGAUGCAGCAGCGUGAGGAGUAUCUGCGUCAGGAGAUGACUCGGCUGCUGCAGGAGGUUGAGCGGAGCAGGGGCGCGGAGGAAGCCACGCUCCUUUCUGUGUUGCAGCAGCGGCUGCUGUGGAUCGCUGCAGGAGCCCUGGUCCUGCUCGCUGAGGUCUGCUGGCUGGCCAGGGAAACGAAGCUUACCUGGGACAGCUGCAGCGAGCAGGACAGCUCCAGCAGCAAGGAGGAGGACGAUGAGGAGGAGGAAGACCUCAAUGGUGCACACAACGGCAUCAGGUCUUUGGCUGCAUCCACCCCAUCGCCGACUCAGGGCCUGCCCGACACGUGCAAGGUGCUGCAGGAGCUGGUGGGUGACCUCCUUGGUGUCUGCCGCGUGCUUUGCAAGAGGACUUUCAUGCCGCAGAUGCACCCGGCCAUUGGGAUGGACGGCACCUGUGAAGCCUGGAGCGUCCAGGAGAACAGCAUCGCCUACCGCCUGCUCGUGUUCCUGCGGCCACCCCCCGGGCACUCUUUCAGCCUGGAGCUGGGCACCACGGGGCAGCUGCCAGCAAGGCACUCCAGCAUCCGUGUGGUGCGGGAGUGCAUGUGCUCGAGGGAGCCGCUGCUGGGGGAUGUUCUGUGCUUUCUCCACCACCCCGACGGCACGCUGCCCAGGGACCAGAGCUCGGACCUCCUACGCACCCUCUGCACAGGCUCCUACUUGGACGUGGAGAAAAUCGCCUGCUGGGUCCAACUGUUGGUGAGAUCAGCCUGGCUGCUUCUGCCUCAGUCGCCCCACUGCCAGCUGACGGUGCUGCCCUCCUCCCACUCCUGCCGGUUCCAGCUGACAAGCACCUCCAAGAUGAACAUCUGCACGGAGAUGAUUUUUGCAGUGCAGCAAGGCAGCUCAGGCGCCUACCUGCGCCUUGAGUAGGCAGAGGCCAGCUUUACCGGCAGCACACCGUGGCCGGAGAGCUGCGCUGGUGUCGAGAUGCCGCUUUUCAGGCUCACGGCGAGGCACACCCAGCAGGACAAUUUCCACCUCAGAGGCCUGCAGCUCUGCACCCCUGUCCUGGUGGUCACAGGCUUUUCCACCCAUGCCUGUGACCCUGAGGACCUACUUUCCUCUCGCGCUGAGGGGGCCCGGGCAACAAUUUCGGACACUGGGACACAGAGAACCUGCUCAUCCCAGAGACUGCCUGGCGAGUCUCUGCCGCAGAUCUGAGCAAAGUAGGCAUGGAGGUGACACCGCUCAAGAGGGGCUCAGCAUAACCAGAGUCCGAGGAAUCUCUGCCGGUCCACCUGAAGGUGCCAGUGCAACUGAGGCUCCUGUUACCACCUGUAACAGGAUGGGACCACCCAUCCUGUUGGAAGGAGCUGAUCCCCUCUGGGGCCUUUGCGCGAUGA